UUUUCCUCAUUUUUCCAAUUUCUUCUCAUCUGUUUCUAUUUUCUUACAUUCUUUCUCUCUUUCUUUUGGUCUUUUUUUUUAUAAAAAAAAUGGCUACAGUUGGAAGAGUCCUCUCCGGUGAGGGUAUAACGGAGUAUCCAGGAAAACUCACUCCCUUCGUCACCAUAACAUGCAUCGUUGCUGCCAUGGGUGGCCUCAUUUUCGGUUAUGAUAUUGGGAUUUCAGGUGGGGUGACAUCCAUGGACUCAUUUCUGGAGAAGUUCUUUCGGGAUGUUUACAAGGAAAGGAUUCUGAAUUCCCCAAAAAACCAGUACUGCAAAUACAACAGUCAAACUUUGACGAUGUUCACGUCGUCGCUCUACCUGGCAGCGCUCGUCUCCUCGCUCAUUGCAUCGACGGUGACACGUAAACUCGGCCGUAGGCCUUCUAUGCUCCUCGGUGGCAUGUUGUUCUGCUCUGGCGCCAUCAUUAAUGGUUUCGCCACAGCUUUGUGGAUGCUAAUUCUUGGUCGCCUUUUACUCGGCUUCGGUAUUGGAUUUACAAAUCAGUCAGUGCCACUCUACGUUUCUGAAAUGGCUCCUUAUAGAUACAGAGGAGGUUUGAAUUUCUUCUUCCAAUUAUCCAUUACAAUAGGGAUUCUUAUAGCCAAUGUUGUUAACUAUUUCACAUCCAAGAUUAAGGGUGGAUGGGGAUGGAGAUUGAGUUUAGGGGGAGCCAUAAUCCCAGCUUUGAUUAUCACCAGUGGAUCAAUUAUUUUACCGGACACUCCAAAUUCAAUGAUUGAAAGAGGACAAGAUCCUCACGAGGAAGCCAAAAUUCAACUUAGAAGAGUUCGUGGAGUUGAAGAUAUUGAACAAGAAUUUCAAGAUUUGGUUGCAGCUAGUGAAGCUUCAAAACAACUCAAACAUCCAUGGAAAAACUUGGUGCAGAGGAAAUACAGACCCCAUCUCUGUAUGGCCAUUCUAAUUCCUUUUUUCCAACAACUCACUGGCAUCAAUGUCAUCAUGUUCUAUGCUCCCCUCUUCUUCAACUCUAUUGGAUUUGAAUCCGAAUCUUCUUUGAUGUCCGCCGUCAUCACUGGCUCCUGGAAUGUACUUGCCACUGUCGUUUCGAUUUACGGUAUUGAUAGGUGGGGACGAAGGUUCCUUUUUUUCAUGGGAGGGAUUCAGAUGUUGAUAUGUCAGGCGAUUGUAGCAGGGGAAAUUGGAGCAAAAUUUGGAGUAAAUGGAAUGGUAAAGGAUCAGUUGCCAACGUGGUAUGCAUUUGUGGUGGUUCUAUGCAUAUGCAAUUAUGUUGGAGGUUUUGCUUGGUCUUGGGGGCCUCUUGGUUGGCUUGUUCCAAGUGAAAUCUUCCCAUUGGAAAUUCGUUCACCAGCUCAAAGUGUGAACGUUUCUGUAAACAUGUUCUUCACAUUUGCAAUGGCACAACUUUUCAUGACAAUGCUUUGCCACAUGAAGUUUGGUCUCUUCAUUUUCUUUGCGUUUUGGGUUUGUGUAAUGACACUUUUCAUCUGCUUCUUCCUCCCAGAAACUAAAGGCAUCCCAAUUGAAGAAAUGAUCAAAGUUUGGAAGAACCAUUGGUACUGGUCAAGAUUUAUGACUCAAAAUGAUUCCCAAAUUGGAAGGUUAGAAAUGAGGGAAGGAAGAAGGCAACAAGUAAUCUCAACUGUCACACCAUCUUUGGAUGUGAUUUAUGAGAUAAGAACAUAUUGAUUGGUCUCUUUGACAACUUACUACUUAGAAGCAAUUACACCUCUCAAUUUGCUUUUGCCGUUUCUUAUCUAUAAGAAAUGAAUUUAUUACACUCAUGUGUUGUUUAGGUAGAGAAGUGCGUACAUCUAUUAGAUAUGGAAUUUAAGCAUGAUAGACAGCAAAGAUAAUAAAGCUGUGGGAUCUCAUUUGGUUUUAUGAGGAAAAAGUUUGUCACUUUUUUUGUUUUUGUUUUUUCACGUUCAUCUCCAUCAAUAAAGUUGGAUCUUAUAGAU